UAAGAUAAGAUGAGAUUGUUGGAAAUGGUGUUGUGAUCGAAUUGGGAGGAGAGGGGCAGCCUCGGCGCCCGACCGCCCGAAAAUCGGACAAUUUCCCGUUUUGACAGCUUCAUCCUAUUCCUCGCGAGUUUAAGGAUCUGAUAAGAUACAGCCCGCUGGCAUUUAACUGCAUUCUCCCAGGUUGACUGUCUCCGACAUCACCAUGGCUCUCGUCGACUCCAGGCCCGAUGAUGCUCGCGUUAAUAAUGGCGCGAAAAGGCUGCGGAUCGGUGUCGAUGUCGGCGGGACAAAUACAGAUGGUGUCGUCAUUGAUCCAACGGCAUCUGAUGCAGCAGGAGAACCAGGAAGGGGAAUCAUAGCAUGGCACAAAGCGCCAACAACCCCGGAUCCUAGCCAUGGAAUCGCCGAGGCCAUCACCGCCAUGUUCAAAUCGGCCAACAUCGACCCUGCCCAUGUAGCAAGCGUCACUAUAGGAACCACACACUUUGUGAACGCCGUCGUGACGCGGGACUCCACCCGUCUGUCGCGCGUAGCCGUGCUGCGUCUUUGUGGUCCUUUCAGCAAACAUGCCCCUCCGUGCGUCGACUGGCCUGCAUCCAUCAGGAGCAUCGUCCUGGGACAUUAUGCACUUGUAAAGGGCGGUUUGGAAGUUGAUGGCAGCCUCAUCUCGGAUAUCAGGGAGGACGAGAUUGUACAGUUUUGCAAAGAAACCCGGGAAAGGGGCAUCCGGACGGUGGCAGUUAAUGGCGUAUUCUCCCCCAUUGACACCGCCGAAAGGCAAGAGGAGCGUGCCGCCGAUAUUAUCCGGCGAGAGAUACCUGGCGUCGACGUUGUACUGUCCAAGGAGGUUGCCAAUCUCGGCUUCCUGGAGAGGGAGAAUGCCGCCAUCCUCAACGCCUCCAUUUUGGCCUUUGCUCGAAAGACCAUCGCCAGCUUCCAGCGGCCCAUCCAGAAUCUCGGCUUACAAUGUCCAGUCUUCGUGACACAGAAUGACGGAACAGUCCUGUCCGGCGAAGCGGCUUCACGAUUACCUAUCCGGACAUUUAGUUCUGGCCCCACCAACUCGAUGAGAGGCGCUGCCUACCUCGUCGGAGCCCAAGAGCAGGGCAAGGCCGAGGCCAUGAUGGUGGUGGACAUUGGAGGCACAACGACAGAUGUGGGCCUCCUGCUCGCGAAUGGUUUCCCACGACAGCAGGCUGCGUAUAGCGAGUUGAGCGGCGUCCGAAUGAACUUCAGUUACCCGGACGUCAAGAGCAUCGGUCUAGGGGGUGGUUCGCUCGUCCGCAGAGUCAAUGGCAGAAUCCAAGUCGGUCCAGAGAGUGUAGGUUACAGGCUCGCACAGAAGGCCCUCGUCUUUGGUGGAGAUGUCCCGACCGCCACAGAUUAUGCCGUGGCCGGAACAGGUGUGCAAAUCGGCGAACCUGAGAAGGUCCGUGGAAAUCUUCCCUCACAGGACAUUGAGGAUUUCAAAGCCGAGACGAAGAGGAUGCUGGAGAGCAUCAUCGACACCAUGAAGACCUCUCCAGAUGACAUUCCCGUGUUCCUCGUUGGCGGUGGUGCUAUAUUGGCGCCCGACGAGUUGAAGGGCGCAAGCCGCGUCAUCACGUCCCAAUGGUCCGGAGUGGCGAACGCAAUAGGUGCCGCAAUGGCGCGUGUCAGUGCCGUCGUUGACACUGUGAAGUCAACGGAGAAGAAGAGCACGAAGGACUUGCUACUCGAGAUUUCAGACGAAGCCAAGCGACGCACCAUCAGUGCCGGAGCACUGCCCGAUUCGGUUGCAGUGGUGGAAGUUGAGACUCUUCCGCUGCCUUAUAUCGCGAACAAGACACGCUUCAUUGUGCGGGCUGCUGGCGACUUCGACUUCUCGCGAGCGGACGAUUUUGCUGGUUUUCGGGUUGCCGAAGACGAAGAUCUAGCCAGCACGGAUGAACAUGAGGUCUCUGACAAGGCGCCCGCGGCUGCUGAUGUAUCUGAGACAAUCAUGGACGCGAGUGCAGAAGUCAAUCUAUCCAGCUACGAGCCUCGGGUGGAAAAUCGUGUAUGGUACAUUUCAGAAACAGACCUGGACUGGAUCACUCUGGGCUGCUACAUUCUUGGCACCGGGGGCGGAGGGUCUCCAUACUCGAGCAUGCUACGCGUGCGUGGAAUUUUGCGAGCAGGAGGCGUCAUCAGAGUCAUCAGCCCCGAUGAUUUAAAGGACGAUGAUCUUGUAGGAUCAGGGGGAGGUGCCGGCUCUCCGACUGUGGGCAUUGAGAAGCUCGCAGCUGAUGAAAUGAUGGACGCUCAAAAUGAGCUGUACAAGUAUUACCAGGGAGGUCGAGCCACGGCAGUCAUUGCCUUGGAGAUUGGGGGAGCCAACGGGCUGCAAGGGCUCAUACUUGGGGCAAGCACAAACAUGAAUCUUCCCACUGUGGACGGAGACUGGAUGGGCCGCGCAUACCCGACCAAGUGGCAGACUACAUCCGUGGUUUUCAAUGAGCGCAAAAUUAUCUUCGCUCCCGUGAGUGUUGCAGAUGGCAACGGGAACGUGCUGUAUAUGCCAACGGCCACGAGCGACCUGAAGGUUGAGCAGGUCAUUCGGGCCGCGCUCUCGCAGAUGGGCUCGCACGUUGGGUGCGCCGACGGCCCCGUCACCGGAGCAGAGACAAGAAGGUGGGCAGUCGAACACACGCUUUCUCUAUCCUGGCGCAUCGGGAGGGCGGUAGCGCGUGCCAGGAAGGAGAACAGGCUCGAGCACCUGGCAGAGUCCAUCAUCGAUGCCGUGGGCGGGCCCAGCACGGGCCGAGUGCUGUUCAAAGGCAAGAUCAUUGGCGUUGAGCGGACACUGAGGAUGGGACACGUCUAUGGCGAAGUGAUCAUUGAAGGCGGUAACGUUGACGAAGACACGGGCACAUCGCCGUGCGAACUUCGGGGACGGAUAAAGAUCCCAUUCAAGAACGAAAACAUUGCGGCGAUACGGUUACGCGAGGGAGCGGAGAACAAUGCAGGGGAAGAGAAGAAUGAUGAUGUUCUCGCCAUAGUCCCUGAUUUGAUAUCCGUCAUCGACGCCCAGAACGGCGAGGCCCUCGGAACUCCCGAAUAUCGAUAUGGUCUGCUCGUCCUGGUAAUUGGCAUCACAGCAAGCGAGCGUUGGACUAGCCCGAGAGGCAUCGAGAUUGGAGGCCCCAAAGCCUUCGGACUGGAUCAUCUCCGAUAUAAGCCGAUCGGCAAGUUUGUGAAACCUUUGAGCGUGAUUGACGAGUAUAGUCGGAAUAAAUGACUGCAAUGCUCAGGAGGAAACAGAGAAGAAGUAGGAAA